AUGGCUGAUCCGCUCAGCAUUGCGGCUAGCAUUGUUGGAAUUGUCACCCUGGGUUUCCAAGUUGUAAGGGGAUUAUAUCAAAUUGCGGACGGCAUCGGUUCUGCAGGAGAGGAGGUCCGGCUAUAUGCAGUAGAAAUCAAUCAAUUUUCCCAACUGCUAAAUCAUAUAAGAGCGCAGAUAUUAGCGACACCCGAUAUUCCAUUCGAUUCGCGAAGCUUAAUAAAGGAUGUUGUCGACAUUUGUGAUAAGAUUCUCCAGCCUUUCCAUCGCCUACAGAACACACUGGAUUCCUUCUUUACCCGGUUCAAACAAAGCCCCAAGAAGCUCAAGCAGUUCGGUUUCCGAGUUAAAUGGGUAUUUUGUGGUAAGAAAAAGUUGCUGUUCUAUUUAGACGCACUCAGGAAUCAACACAGGAUUCUUAAUACAGCACUUGACUUGGCCAACUUGCAAACCACGAAGGACAGAACACCCCCGAUUAUAUAUAUUAUGCGAAUGUCCCUCGAAAACUCAGUGGCUGCGAUUAACGCAUCACUGUGCAGCAGCCCUGGAGGCAGGAUCUUCCACAUUACAGGGACAAGUGAGCAGUCGUACGACGACUAUCUCGGUCUAACUAGCCAGUCCGCACUUAUCUCUUUUCAAGGUUUGUCAGAAAACUCAAGCAACCCUAGCGACACCGAAGUAGUUCCACCAACAGAGGCUGGCCUUGAUCCUCAAAGUUCGACCGACCUUGCAGGUUCUCGCAUAGCUUCGGAGGGCCAGGAAGACCAAUUAACUGCCCUUGAAAUGCAAAUCCUGGAGAAGCAGAUCGAGCAAGAUCUCGAUCCAGAUUCGGGCAUGACGGCUGCUGGGGUCUGGGAAGACACUCGCUCUAUCUCACGGAAGGCAAAGCGCUUGGCGUCAGAGGCACUUUCCUCACGUGAAACUCAAGUCACAGCCUCAUGGGGAACUUCUGCAAGAUCUACACAUAAAGACUAUAAUGUAGGAUGGGUCUGUACUCGUCCUAUAGAAUAUGCAGUGGCUGAAGGGAUGUUGGACGAACAACAUCCGGCUCUUCCACAGGUCGAAAAUGAUACAAACACGUACACACUAGGGGGAAUGCAGAGACACAAUGUUGUCCUUCUCUGUAUACCUGCAGGAGCCAUGGAGACUGGGGUUGCAAGCACUGCUGUAUCGGGGAUGCUCCGCAGUUUUCCAAAUAUAAGGAUUCGGCUGCUGGUUGGAAUUGCUGGAGGAGUUCCAAACCAUCAAAUUGAUAUACGCCUCGGCGAUGUUGUGGUUGGCUCCCCCGUGUCUUCUUCAGGAGGUGUUAGGCUCUUGAAAGGGAGUGGGGAGAGCAUUGCUGAGACUGGUGCACUCCAGACGCCACCAAGAGAACUCGGAAACGCACUUGCGACACUGCAAGCUCGACAUAUAAGAAGGGAGAGUGAAAUUCAACGUCAUAUUGAAGAGAUGCUAGAGGCGAAUCCGGCUAUGCGUCUUCCGUUCUCCUUUCCGGACCCUGAAGGCGACUUGCUCUUCCCAGCAUAUUACGAGCAUCUUAAUAAAGGCAUACUAAAUUGUCUUGAAUGUGACCCUUCUCAAGUGAUACCACGGCCGAAGCAUAGAGGCAGACCUGCUGUUUUUUAUGGUCCUAUUGGAUGGACUAGUUCAGUCAUCAAUAGUGGUCUUGCCCGCGAUGCUAUUUCCCACCAAAUGGUCAUUUACUGCAUUGAGAUGGAAACCAUGGGAUUGAUCAAUUUGUUCCCUUGCCUUGUGAUUCGAGGAAUUUGGAACUACUCAGAUUCGCACAGAAAUAAGGCAUGGCAGUGCUAUGCGGCAGCAACUACUGCAGGAUAUGCCAAGGAGCUACUUGGGACAGUACAGACCGCUCAGGUAUAG